AUGACAGCGAUACGAAUCGUUCACCCCGCUCCUGACGUCAAACGAGGCGUGCAGUACUGGGAAGGUGUCGAGGCCAGCGUCGAUGGCGUCCUCGGUGGAUUCGGUCACGUCUCGAGAGUCGAAUCGUUAGGCUCGCGCUCUUUCCUCCUGAGCGUACUCCCGCACCUCUCCUUCUGCGCUCCGGCAUCGUCCAAUGUAUCAUCGUCGCAAUGGAAACAAGACAGGGUUGCGGAGCGAGGCGGAAAAGGCAAAGCACGCACGCGGGCUCUCGACUGCGGUGCAGGUGUCGGAAGGGUGACGCAAUACAGUCUCCUCCCCAUCUUUGACGAAGUGCACAUGGUCGAGCCCGUCGCUAAGUUUCUUCUAGAGGCAAAGAAGCAGUCGAUGUCGUGGCCUCAGAUCCAAACACCACCGAGCAAGUCGCCUUUCAAAGCACGCAAGGCGGUUCACUACCAUUGCUCGACGCUGCAAGACAUGGAUCCAAGUCGACCGUACACUUCUGCACCGCGCGUGGGUGACGGCGAUAUCCGGCCCACAGUCUCCAUCGACGACGAGCCUUCCUCACAGCAAGACACCGCCACGAAAGAGGCGGCAUCAUCAGAACAGGACGGCGUAGCAGGAUCGACAGCAGAGCCCAUGACUUUCGACCUGGUCUGGGCACAAUGGUGUCUGCAGCAUCUUUCGGACCGAGACUUGAUAGCCUUCCUUCAGCGAUCAAAGGCGGCGCUCAAGCAAGGCGGUAUCAUUGGUGUCAAGGAGAACGUCUGCAGCGAAGAGGCAGAUGGCAACGAACGAGUCUGGUACGACGACGAGGAUCACAGCAUCACGCGAUCGACAAAGGCGUACGAGCGCGUCUUCAAGGAAGCAGGACUCGAGAUUGUCAAGUGCGAGAUCCAAUUCGGCAUGCCCGCCGAGCUGUUUGUUGUCAAAAUGUGGGCAUUGCGUUAG